UAUUCACAUCCCCUCCGCUCCAUCUUCUCCACCAUCUCCAACACAUUUCCAUACUUUCCUUACAUUCCAAUCCAAACUCUCAAAACCCUCAAUACACAAAUUCUAAAAUGGCCGAGAGAUCCAACUUUGCGCAGACCUGCAACCUCCUCAGCCAGUACUUGAAGGAGAAGAGAAGCCAGUACCUCCAGGGAGAUAGCUUCGGAGUGAAGCCAGCCCCGGCGACCAUGAACUUGCUCAACACCAUGGAGGUCGGCCCUCCAGCGGCGGCGAGUCCAGUGGGCCAGGCUCCGGAUCAGCCCAGAUCUGCUCCCAUGACCAUCUUUUACGGCGGGCAGGUCCUGGUUUUCAACGACGUUUCGGCUGAGAAGGCAAAGGAAAUUAUGGGAUUGGCUACCAAAGGAAGCGCUGUGGUUUCCUCUACUGAAUCGAAUGUUGUAGUCAAACAACAACAACCACCACCUCAGGCUGUUGAGUCGGAUUUGCCUAUUGCAAGAAGGGCUUCGCUUCACAAGUUUCUGGCCAAGAGGAAAGAGAGAGUGACUGCAGUAGCUCCAUACCAACUGAACCACAUCCAGACAGCAGCUUCUCCCAAGGCAGAGGAACGAGUAGGAGCGCAAAGUUCAAAGCAGCUUGAACUCAGUCUAUAGGGAAGAUUUAACUGGCGCUCGAUCUGAUUAGAUUUUAGGCUUUAUAUUAUGGGUUUUUUAGCGGAGGAGGCUUGUGUUCCUAACUCUGUUGUAGAACCCAAUUUAUUCUCACAACAAAAUUUAAUUUUUGUAACUAUUUGUUUGAUCAAUCGAUAUAGAGUGAUCCAUUUAUGAAGAUUAUGAUAAUACUAUCCAGUGUGUAAUCGAAUUUCUUUCAUAAUUAAAGCAAGUUUUUUAAUUAGGAA